AUGAUUCGCUUGGUUGCGCUUCUCGGGGCCGCGUGCCUUGCCGCGGCGCAAAACACCGCUCCCACGUACACUCCUCCUCCUACCCCUGUGGCGUGGUCGAUGAAAAAGAUUCGCACCGUGCAGGCGCGUGUGCAAUCGUCGCCACCCGUGUGGGAUGCCAACCAAAAGGCAUUCGUCGCCAACUUCAAAAAUCUUAGCCCAGACCCGACCUUCCGCUGGCAAGCGUCGUUGGACACGGUGAACACGGCCAGCGUCGAAGGAGCAUUGUUCUAUGUCCAAUCCGAAGGUAUUGGCACUGAUGUCGACAACGCAUGCGCUCGAAAGACCAACAUGACGUACAUUUGGUUUUACGACAUCAACAUUGUCCAGCCAUACUUUGCCGUGGCUGAAUACGGAACCAACACCGGAGUUGUCCCUGAAUACGGUGCCUUCGUGGCCAUGGACAACGGCAUGUGCACUCUGCGUGAAUCCAACCCCCCCGAACAAUGCUUGCAAUUUUCCGGCAUCAACUACAACCCGAACCUUGGCCCUUACGUCGGUGGUGAACCUCGCAAGACACACCCCAAGGCUGUGUACGACGAUAACGUGUGGUUCUCUUUCCCUGGCCCGUGUUUCCUUAAGCCGUUCGACCAAAAGACCGCGACGUGCCGCAACGACCCAUCCCUGAAGGGUGGCAUGUGCCCCCGAGGCACCAAGCCCGAUGGUGUCACAUGCACCUACUCGUUCGAUGUGCUUGGAUACCUCAGCAUUGAUGACUUGGUCGGUAUCACAUCGUUGCCUGUGCCUGGCUCGACAACCCAAAACUUCACGGACCGUGUCCAGUUUUGCAAGGCGGGUGGUAUCGAGUACAACUUCGACACCCAAUUCUCCAACUUGACGUUCUGGAAGGACCCGUUGAACGUGACGGCCAACGCGGAACGCACCAAGAAGAUGAUGACCAUGUACGCCGAUAUUGUCAAGGCAGGCAAAGGCGCGGCUGCAAACUUCAAGCCGCUGCCCAACGUGACCGAGCUGACGGCUGAAAACCCCCCGUGCUACGUCAACAACAUCUUGUGCUACCAAAAUGCGUUUGGUUGCAAGCGCCGCCUUCUCGCCCAAGUGUGCGAAUUGUGCACGGCCGAUGGCCCGGACUGUGUCAAGAAGCCCGCGAACGCUGCUCCAUUCCCGACACUUGUCAAGCAAUUCGUUCCUCCCAAGCCCACUCUGCCCAACGGAAAGCCUGCUACGGGAGGCAACGGUACUCCCGGACAACUCUCUUCGUUCUGCUUGGAAUGCUCGUUUGAUCGCCGGCACAACUUUAUUGACAACGAAGUCACGGACGAUUUCGAGAGUUGCGCAGAACAGGCGACUGGCACGUAA